AUGAAGCCUGUUUGGAAUCUUUUAUUCUUGGUGACUUUGUGGUCGGCAGUUCAAUGUUCACCCUUUGACGAUGGAAAGUAUAAACCCAAAACAUAUGACGAGUAUGAUGAUGGGAAAUACUAUAGGCCGUUAACUGAGGGGAAAUAUGUUCGUGGAGAUGAGGGAAAAUACAUGUAUAUCUACCAACAGGGCGUGUUUCCGUACGACGGAACAUACAAACAUUUGGGAAGGGGCGACUCCAACGACUACAUUGGCUUCCAAAUAUAUGCCCCAAGAUUCCAAUAUAUUCAUAGAAUAAUUAAAGAGAUAAUUAGCAAGUAUAUAUCACCAGACAUUCUGAUGUUUAGUGGAUCGGAGUCGGGGCAAGUCAAUAACUUGGAUAAGGUACAAUCACCUCAAGAAGUUGCAAUGAAGUGCAAUCUUAUUGACCCGGAGACUAGAAAUAGCAUGGAAACGGAAGUUGUGACGCAAUAUCCUCCAUCAAUGAAGUUGCAAGAAGGCGAAAACAUGGGAACGCUUUACAGCUUUAAGGGAACUAAGUUACUAAGUAAAGAAGAGAAUUCGGUAAAGACAAAAUUAAAGUUGCAUUAUGAAGUGUUCGUGAGGGUAGUUGAAGAGGCCGAAUGA